AUGGAUUAUUAUGGAAGACGUCUGGCUACAUGUUCAUCUGAUAAAUCAAUUAAAAUUUUUGAAAUUGAUGGUGAUCAACAACGACUAAUAGAAACUUUGAAAGGUCAUGAUGGACCUGUAUGGAGAGUUUUAUGGGCACAUCCUAAAUUUGGCACAAUAUUGGCUUCCUGUGGAUAUGAUGCUCGUGUUAUUAUUUGGAAAGAAACAAAUAAUACAUGGGCCAAACUUGUUGAACAUAAUUCUCAUCAGGCAUCAGUGAAUUCUAUUAGCUGGGCACCACAUGAACUAGGUGCCAUUCUUGCAUGUGGGUCUUCAGAUAGAAAAGUUUCUAUUAUAGAUUUUAAAGAUGAUGGAACGUGGGAUACAAGAACGUUCCCUGCACAUUCAGUAGGAUGUAAUGCAGUUUCAUGGUCACCAUCAACACCACCAGCAUCUCUUAUACGAACAGGAAAAAGCCAAGAUUUAAAUUUUUUUAAAAAAAUAGUUACAGGUGGUUCAGAUAAUUUAUUAAAAAUAUGGACUUAUAGUAUUGAACAAAAUAACUGGGUGAUUGAGGAGACAUUAGAAGGGCAUACUGAUUGGGUCAGAGAUGUAGAUUGGGCUCCUAAUAUUGGAUUACCAAAGUCUUACAUUGCAUCUGCUUCUCAGGAUAAAACGGUUAUCAUUUGGGUUCAAGAGGGUAAUGCUCCAUGGAAAAAAGUUUAUUUAUCAGAUAAACCUUUUCCAGAUGUUGUGUGGCGCGUUAGCUGGUCCCUUCUAGGCAAUAUUCUUGCUGUUAGUUGUGGUGAUAACCGUAUAUAUUUAUAUAAGGAAACGCUUAAGGGAACAUUUAAACAGAUUAAUGAAAUUACAAAUUAA